CUCUCUUUGCAGGAUGCGUUCCAAAGGCUUGGAUGCGCGGGUCGACCGCGGUACAAUUCAUACGACGUUACCAUCACCUCCGAGCUCCAGGACUACCUGAGCUUGCUCAACCAUUACCUGUCUCUUAUCGAGUCUCUAUCCGAGUUGGCUGACAGCUUCUACACGAGAAUUGUCUUGGGCAUGAUCAAAUCCUGAUGAGACUCCGGGAUACACCUAUCUUUUGGUGCGAAUGCUUUUCCCGCCGGGUUUGUACGUACGGCGUCGGUGUCGAUUAUCAGGAUGACGAUGUCGAACCAGUGUACUUGGGCAUCGUCGAAUAUGCAUCUGGAAAACCUGUCAUCGACAUUAUUCCCUCACAGAGACAACGCCGCCUCACCAUCAAUCUUUUGCUUAUCCACUGUGCUGCGGACGACAAGGCUGACGGGUUUCUUAACGUUGAGGUCACAGACAUACCAGUUCAUCUUGACCAUUUGCAGGACGAAGGAUUGAAGGAAACGUCGAAGAAGGGUAUUGGCUAUUCCACGAGGCCAUGGAUAAAGAAGACAAGCAGAUCGUCCAACGUCUGUUUGAGAAUGGUGUUGUUCAAGUGUUUUUUGGACGCGGCAUGGUUGAUUCCGAUCGCUAGCGACAUGGCCAUCAUCAUGGGCGUGCAGGACUACGAAGGAAAGAAACAUCGAUAUGUCAACUAUCUCAUCGUGGAUGUCCUGCGAACAAAGGGUCUAGAGACGAUGAAACGUGAUCUCAUGUUUCAACAGGCGAGGAGGAACUUUUAG